ACUAUUAUUCCUAAGAUAAUGUUGCAACGUCUAUGGCAACAAAAGAUUGGCUGGAAUGAGCCUGUUAGUCAGAAGAUAAAAGAUGAAUGGAUAAAUUUUGUAGAUAAUUUAAAGUAUUUAAAACAAUUGCAUAUUCCGAGAUUAGUAUUGGGGAAUUCACCUCAGUGCAUAGAAUUACAUUCUUUUAGUGACGCAUCGCAAAUUGCUUUUGGUGCAAGUAUUUAUGUGAGAACAAUUAGCAGCAACAAUCUUGUCACUGUUCGAUUAUUAUGCAGUAAAUCAAAGGUAGCUCCUCUAAAGCCUACUACUAUCCCAAGGCUAGAAUUAUGUGCGGCGCUACUUGCCGGAAAACUCACAAAAUCGGUGUUAGAGUCAAUUAGGUUUACACCUACGCGGAUAGUACAUUGGUGCGAUUCCAGUGUUGUGUUAUGCUGGAUAAAAGGGGAUAUAGGUAGAUUGAAAACAUUUGUAGCCAACCGCAUUAGUGAAAUAAAAGAAAUAACUUCUUCUUCAGCAUGGCGAUACGUGCCAUCGGAAUUUAAUCCUGCUGAUCUUAUAUCAAGGGGAAUUCAAGCUAAGAAUAUUUUGAAUAUGAACUUGUGGUGGUUCGGCCCUAGUUUUUUGCAUGAAGACGAGGCUAAAUGGCCUGUUUUAAAAUCUUUUGAUUUAAAUAGUUUACCUGAAAUUAAGGUUAAUUCGGCUGUAAUAAAUGAAUCUUUUAUUGAUUUUAAUAGGUACUCCUCACUGACUCGAUUACAAAGAACAGUUUCAUAUGUGCUUCGAUUCAUAUUUAAUAUAAAAAAUAAAACUAAUAAACGCCUAGGUGCGCUAUCAACUAGCGAAUUGAGUAACGCCAUGAACAAGUUAUAUGAGUGGGCCCAAAGGCAAUCAUUUCCAAUUGAAUAUGAUUUAUUAAUCAAGGGUAAACAGUUGAAUAGCAAAAGCAAAAUUUUAUCUUUAUCUCCAUUUCUUGAUGAAAAUAUAAUACGAGUUGGCGGGCGUUUGGAUGCAUCAAAUUAUUACUCUUAUGAAAGAAAGCAUCCAAUCAUAUUACAUAGUAACAACCGCCUUACUCAAUUAUAUUUUGAGCGAGAGCAUUUAAAGCAUAUGCAUGCUGGUCCUUUAUUGCUACUUGCAGCUGUGAGAGAGGUUGUCUGGCCAGUUAACGGGCGUCGUCUUGCUCAACGGGUAGUUAAUAGAUGCGUUAUUUGCAGGCGUAUGCGUGGGCAAACUCUUCAACCUAAAAUGGGAAAUCUUCCAGAACAGCGGAUUGCCCCAGAUUACCCUUUUUUAGCUGUAGGAGUUGACUACGCAGGUCCAUUUCUUAUCUUGAAUCGCAAAGGACGAGGAAGCCGCUUAAUUAAAUGUUAUUUGUGUAUAUUUGUUUGCUUGCGUUUCAAAUGUAUACAUUUAGAAGCUGUUAGUGACUUAACUAAAGAAGCAUAUAUAAUGGCACUUCGUCGUUUUAUUGCUCGUCAAGGAAGACCAACGGAAAUAUUUUCUGAUAACGGUACCAAUUUUGUAGCUGCAGCGCGAGAAUUAGGUUCAUUUAUCAAACAAAAUAAAGAUUCUCUAUUUGACUUUGCAAGUCAACAAUCAAUUAAAUUUAAUUUCAUUCCGGCAUAUACUCCUCAUUUCGGUGGUAUUUGGGAAAGUGGGGUAAAAUCUGCUAAGCACCAUAUACGGCGUGUUAUGGGAAACUGUCAUCUUACUUUUGAGGAAAUAUCAACUUUAUUUGCACAAGUAGAAGCAAUCCUAAACAGCCGUCCCUUGUGUCCCUUGUCAUCUUCUCCCGAUGACCUUCUUACCCUUUCCCCAGGACACUUUCUUAUUGGUCGACCAUUAACUUCGCUGCCUUCUAAAGGUCUUGAUGAAUUCAAAUUUAGUCACUUACAAAGGUACCAGAGAAUUGAGCAAUUAAGACAGCACUUUUGGAGACGAUGGCAAAAGGAGUAUGUGGUGGAAUUGCAACAGCGCACUAAAUGGAGAGAGAACUCUGCCAAUCUUAAUAUUGGGGACCUAGUGCUGAUAGCCGAGGACAAUACUGCCCCUCUCUGCUGGAAGUUGGGUCGAGUGCAGCGGCUGAUAAAUGGCUUAGAUGGAGUGGCCAGAGUGGCAGAAAUUAAAACCAGCAGCGGCUGCAUUACACGUUCGUUGGUCCGGCUGUGCAAGUUGCCGGUACAAGAAGAUUAAAUGAAGAAUGUUGAAAGAGUUUCAACGGCCGGGAGUAUGUUGCGACAUUGCGCAAUGUUUAUAUCAGGCGCAUUUUUUCAUUAUAAUAAUUGUAAGGUGGGGCGACGUGCGCCAUCACUUCUCUUUGUACUCGACUAGCGAAAGGUCAUAUUAAACAA